AUGUCAGGCAGUGUCGGGGGGGACGGCUGAGGCUCGCAUUUGAUUUGCAUCAGUGAGAAGGAGGAGGGGUAGAGAGAGAGAGAGAGAGAGAGUGAGUGAGAGAGAUGACGAUGAGGAGGAGGGUGCCGCGUCGCCGCGGCUUCGCCUGCAGGAAUCCGGGAGUAGAGCACACGCACACGGCCACGAUGCGCUGAGCUUGCGGCGGUGUGACUUGUAGAGAGUCGCUGAGGAGCAAAAACAAAAAGCCAAAAAAAAAACCAAAAAAAACAACAACAACAAAAAACAGAGCAAAAAAACAAAGACGAUUCAAAGGCUAGCAAGUUGCAAAUCUCAGAGGAGAUGAACACCAACGAUGCCAAGGAGUAUCUGGCACGGCGGGAGAUACCUCAACUAUUUGAGAGCCUGCUGACGGGUCUGAUGUACCACCGGCCCGAUGACCCUGUGGACUACCUGGAGGGCUGCCUGAAAAAAGUGCGGGAGCUGGGCGGGCCGGACAAGGUGCGGUGGGACACGUUCGUGGGCCAGGAGAAGAAGCCGCUGCCGCCUCUCAACGGCGGCCAGUCGCGCCGCUCGCUCUUCAGAAACGUGAUGCCCGACAGUCCAAAUUUCCCCUACAGACGCUACGAACGCCUCCCUCCCAUCAGCCAGUUCUCCAUCGAGAGCGACUCGGACCUGUCGGAGACAGCCGAGCUCAUCGAGGAGUACGAAGUGUUUGAUCCAUCCAGGCCGCGGCCCAAAGUCAUCCUCGUCAUCGGGGGCCCUGGCAGUGGCAAGGGAACGCAGUGCCUGAAGAUCGCCGAGCGCUACGGCUUCCAGUACGUGUCGGUGGGCGAGCUGCUGCGAAAGAAGAUGAUCCACAACGCCACCAGCAACAGGAAAUGGAGCCUGAUCGCCAAGAUCAUCACCAACGGCGAGCUGGCGCCGCAGGAGACCACCAUCACUGAGAUCAAGCAGAAGAUCAUGAAGAUUCCCGACGCCAACGGCAUCGUCAUUGAUGGCUUCCCGCGAGACGUUGGACAGGCCUUGUCCUUCGAGGACCAGAUCUGCACUCCCGACGUGGUGUUGUUCCUGGCGUGCAUUAAUCACCGCUUGAAGGAGCGCCUGCAGCGACGGGCCGAGCAGCAGGGUCGCCCCGACGACAACCCCAAGGCCAUCGAUCGGCGCCUAACGAAUUUUAAGCAAAACACCAUCCCCCUGGUCAAGUAUUUCCAGGAGCGGGGCCUCAUCGUCACGCUGGAUGCAGAUCGUGAUGAAAACGAAGUGUUCUGUGACAUCAGUGCGACUCUGGACAACAAGCUGUUCCCCUCGCAGGAGUCCGCUGCAGGUCCAAGUGAGCUGGAUCCCAAUCUGCUGCCUGUAUGCAACAUGGUCGACUUUGCUAGAAAGAACGAUGAGGAUGAAGAGGAAGAAGAGCUCGGAUACACCGAAGGAAGCGAAGAAAGUUUCUGCACACAGCUGAAGAAGCCUCAGGUCAUCUUUUUAAUGGACCUAGUUCGCUGUUGGCGGCACGGCGGCGCGGGCUCGGGCAAGCGCGUACAGUGCGAGCACAUGGUGGACAAGUUGGGCCUGCGACAGGUGUCGCUAGCCGACCUGCUGUGCAGCGAGAUGCAGACUGACAGCGACAGUGGGCGCCACCUGCGUGACGUUCUGCAGAGAGGAGAGCCCCUGCCGGAGGCCAAACAUGAAUGUGAUUGGCUGACACAUGCUUUCAUGGAGGACGUUACCAUGGAUCUGCUGUGCGAGGCAGUGGCGGCGGCUCGGCGGCAGGCCAAGGGCGUGGUGGUCUGCGGCUUUCCCGUAGACCUGAGACAGGCACAGCUGUACGAGGCCAAGAUGGGUGAGCCCACCACCGUGCUCCUGCUCAGCUGCUCCGCCCAAACCCUCAGCAGUCGUCUGCAGAGCCGCCGGAGUUCUGCUUCGGCAAUCGUGUCGGCCCCAGACAAAGACGGCGCACCCUGCUGGUGGGCUGACAGCUUCUGGGCCGACGCCGAGCCAGUGGCGGAACACUAUGACAGCAAAAUGCUACUGCGCACGAUUGAUGCUGAAAGGUCACCUGACGAAGUUUUCGCUCAGAUCUGCCAGGUGGUGGAGUCCCCUCCCGCUGUCUAACUUAUUAACAGACACCCACACCCACACACAGAGUAAUAAGAGCUCAUGCUGGCUUUUUUUUUUUUUUUUUUUUUUUGUGAACCAGCCAAAAUGUCCCCACAAUAAUGGUGUGAUGUCAAGAGGGGGUGCCACACAAUGACAGAAAGAACACCGGCUAAUGGAAUAGAGAGUAAGGAGUGCUAAUAGUUCAGCAAAAUGAAACCCCCCCCCCAAAAAAAAAAAAAGGUUUGUAAUUGCCUAUAGAUGGCGCCAUCCCAGUGUUUCAGUAAGUGCACACAAACAGCAAUUAGGCAUGUUAUUCAGCAAAUAACGGCGAAUAUGCUCCUAAAGAAAUCUGUGAACGGGGUGAAUUUGUGAGUAGCCAAUCAUUAAUAGGCACGGGACAAACACACGCCACACACAGCUGCUCUUCUCCUGGUUGUCACGUGCAUUAUUUGAUUCUUCCUAUUUGCUUAACACAAAAAGGGGGGUUGGGUCGGCAGGGUUUGACUGGGCCGAGUCAAGGGCGCCGCCUGCAGUAGAACCCAAAGACUGCUCCUGUCACGCACGUCACAUCUUCAUGUUUUGUGUAGUAAAGAAGCAUGCACUCACUGUCAAACAUGAUGGAUCAUUUACCCCAAAAAAACUUUGUACAUUUGCUAAAUUGUUUAAAAUGUGAGUCUGCUGUUUGAAUAUCAAUAAAGUUGUGUAUUUUGA